AGUUGAUUGUCGUUUAAGCAUUUAGGUGUUGUUUCCGUUGGGUUAGGGUCUGAGAAAAGGUCUACGUUUUGGGCGUGUAAAGUUCCAAGCAUUUGUAGUCGUCACUCGUUUAGUAGACAUUACGGUCAAAACCAUUGCACCUUCCAAAUUGCCUUGCAAAUGCUUCUUGAUUUCCACCCUUUCUAGUUUUAGAUAAAUACAGCACAAACACAGAGCAUAGUUUUGAAAAACACUGAGAAUUGGAAUUUGGAAAGAAAACAUAGAGACCACGAUGGGGUUUUCAAAGGAAGAGAAAUCCAAAAGGAUAUUGAGGGGUGUGAAGACUUUGUUCUUCUUGAUCACCAUGGUCAUGUCUUUGCUUCUUUUCUCUGCCCCGGUUCUAUUGGUUAUUGCAGAUGCACUUGUUCCUUCUGCUUUACUCUCAGCUCUUUAUUCUCCCUCUUCUCUCUCCCUCCAAACUCUCUUCUCCCAUUUUGAGAACUAUGAUUUUCGAUACUCCCUCAUUGACAUACCUUUAUUAUCUAUAAUACGUUCCCUUGUCAUAUUCUGUGUUUAUAGUUUUUGUGACGGACCAAGACUUUCCCGUGGGCCUUAUUUGGGGAUCACCACGGUGUGCUCAGUGAUGUCUCUGAUAUUUGUUUCCUUGAAAGCUGUUUACGUGUUUAGCUUCACGAGUGUUGAUGGAGCCUCCCAAAUAGCUUUGUUUGUGUGUUCUUGUGCUUUGGCUGUGGGGCAUAUCGUUGUUGCAUACAGAACAAGUUGCAGAGAAAGAAGGAAGCUUCUAGUCUACAAAAUUGACAUUGAAGCUAUUUCAGCUUGCAAAAAUGGGUAUCCAAGGUAUCCGAAGAUGCUUAAGGAAGAAAGAGUCAAAUGAACCCACUCAAUAUUGAUGCUAGAUCAAAUUAAUCUAACACACAGAUUUAGCCACUCAAUCAUUCAUUUUUACUACUUAAGUGCUGCGAGGGAUGCUAAGGUAAUUUACCCUUUAAAGGGGGAAAAAAAAAGGUAUUAUUUCCACUGAAUAUAUAGUAAACAGUGAUUUUUCAAAACAAAACCUAAAGUGCUACUCUUAUUCUCCUUGUAUAUACACGUUUACCCAAUGCAUACCUGACACCUAACAUGGAUACAAACGAGUUAGAGCUGCAAGGUUAUAACUUAAAUUAACUCAGUAAGUUGUGCAUAGUAGGUAUAUAUAUACACAUACACUAUAGAGCUACUCUUUGGCGAUUAUAUGUGUAACAUACAACUUUUUCAUUUUCCAUUGUUUUUCUUAAGUUGUUUUCCCCCUUGCUUCUUGAGUAUCUUCUUGUACAUGUAAAAGAUGAAUAGAUCGUAUUUUCUCACUGGCCUAAGGCAAGUGAAAGUAUGAAUUUAAUUAAUUAUUUGUAGC